UUUAUGUUCUUUUCUCGUAACAACUGUGCAUUUUGAAAAUUUAGCCGUUUAGGCUAGAAUCGCUCUGUCAGAAUGUCAACGAAGAACAUUGGAAAGGACACAGAAGCCGACCCAAAGGUUGUGCGCGACAUUCUUGAUAAACUGAAAUCGGAAGGGCUCUUUGAUCAGUUUCGGAGAGACUGCCUAGCCGAUGUCGAUACAAAGCCUGCCUUUCAGAAUCUGCGUCAGAGAGUAGAGGGCUAUGUGUCACGCUUCCUGACAAGACAAGUAUGGAGUCCAAACCUCAACAAGAACCAUCUCAGGGACAACUUACGACGCCAGAUCAACCAGUCUGGUAUGUUGGCGACUGGUGUGGAGAGAGUUAUAGAACAAGUUGUCAAUCCAAAGAUUUUUAAUGUCAUCAAGCCAAAGAUCGAUGAAGUGGCUUGUCAACAUCUCAACAUAGACCCUGAUAAGAGAAAGGAACGAAUGGAGCAAAAGAAAAAUCAGCAAAAACAGAAUUUACAGAGUCUAAUGAGUCUGAGUGUGCCUCCCCCAGAUUUUCAGCAGCAACAGCAGCCAGCCAGUCAACAGCAGCCUACACCUCUCCUUCCUCAAUCAGUCACACCCUUUGGAAGUCCUCCCCUCAUGGCAGGCUUUCCACAGACUUUCACAGGGAAUGCAUGGCCACCGCAGACUCCACAACAACAGCAACAGCAGUCGUCCAUCAGCUCCUACCCACCAGGAAUGAUGUCGUUUCCAAUGGCCAUGCCUUUCCCUUUGGGUUACGGAAUGCCUCCCCAGGCUUUUCCAUACAUGCCAAAUCCCUGGGGUGGAUUUACCAUGCCCAAUAUUUAUACCAAACCCCCUGGCUUUGAUACCCCAUCCUCUGUUGGCAGCGAUGCAACAGUAACAUCCACAAAUCCACCCAUUCCUGGGGUGCUCGGACAGUUCGGAGUUAGUCCAGCUAUUACACAGAGUCCAUUAGGUGUAUCAUCACCAUCAGUCUCGCUCAGUGCAAGUGUUGCUGAUACACCUACUCCACCGAAAACUAGUCUGCCGCCUUUGCCUCCAAUCCCAAAGACCCCUCCUCCUCCCGGAACGGAAGAAGCUCCAGCUGUUCCAAAAAUCGUUCCUAAACAAGAGGUCAGUAAGUCUUUGUUUAAGGAAGAAAAAAGCAUCUUGGAGGAUAUACCUCUACCAGCCAUGCCUCCUACACCGAAGAAAAAGGAGGAAAAUAAACAGCCAGUGAAGAAGUCUGAUAGUGAGUCAGUUGUUUCUGAUGUGAAGACCUCUGGGGAUGAGAGCUCUCAAGAUCUAACUAUGUUUGCAACAGACAGUGAGAGUAUGGAUACCCAGUCAACAUACAAGACAGCUGAUGAUGAAAAUGGCACUGGUCAGAAUGUUGUGGAUUCCAAGGAGGACAGAGAUACAAAGCGUCCAUACAAAUUUGAGUGGAAUCGUGAUGAUGACCAGAUGUCGGACAUGUCUGAACUGUCAGUUAGCUCAGUCCACACUAGUGACCUCUCCCUGUUCAGUGAAGGUGGCUCAAGCAGUUUGUCCAGUGACCUUUCAGAUGAUGACAUUCCAGCGCCGUGCUAUAGUCCACAUCAUGGUGAUGAUGAAUCAGUCCAAAACCAGAUUGAUGCAGAAAUUAAAGAGAAUGAAAUGGUCACCAGUGAAGACAAUUUGCCUGAGGUUACUUCUCCACGGCCAGCUACGUCACCAUUGAAUGAAUCACCUGCAUCGUCACCUAUACCAUUGGAGAAACAGACAACACCCUCUAAAUCAGAGACAUCAACAACAGAAACAGAAUUAGCUGUCACUGCUGAGCCUCAAACAGUGUCUCCUGCAACUGUGACAGAUUUAGUCACAGAAUCUGCAGAGGUCACAGAAUCUUCAAAGGCUACAACUCCACCAAAGGUCACAGAAGUGGCAGAGAAUGUCAAACCCCAAGCUGUGACACCAGGAAAACCACGACGCCUGAUAUCAUUGCAGUACAACUACAGCGACAGUGAUGAUGAGGAGACAAGAGAGGAACGCAAAGCCAGAAUCGCACGAGAGAAGGAGGAAAGAUAUGUUCAGCGAGCACAGAGAAGGGCAGAAUUAGAGGCACGUCGUAAGGACCGUGAGGAAGAGAAGGCUAAACUACGAGAGGAGAGAAAGAAGUCAAAAGAAAUAAAGAAAGAAGAGGAAAUGGACAAAGAUUUGAAAGAUGUGAGCAAGGAAGAGAUUGAGACUCCCAUGGAUGUGAAGUAUCCAGAUUCUCCUGAAAAAAGGAAGAAAAAAACAAAAGCAGAAUUAAAGGAAGAACUCACUAAACAGAAAGUGCAGGAGAAAAAGGAAGCUCUGCGACGUCAGCGAACCAGGACAAGACGGUAUACAUCAGAUGAAUUCACUUCUAUCUAUACUGAGAAAAAGCAACCAUUCUCCAGUCAGAGUUAUGAAGAAUUAGUUGUUGAAGAAAUGACAGUGGAGGAAACAGUAGAAACAGAAACAGUGGAGACAGAUUUCACUAUAGGGAUGAUGGUUGAUAUCACUCCAGAUAUUGACCUAACACAAGGACAGGAAGUGACAUCACAAGGACAGGAAGUGACAUCACAAGGGGAAGAAGUUGCCAGAAAUGAUAACACAGCUCCUAAUGCAGUGGAAUUAGAGGAGAAUUUUGAAUCACCGGCCACACCCACUCAAGAUGAAACAGCCAAUGAAAAUCAAGUUGCUGUAAAUCAGGGCACAACCUCAAUACCAAUAUUCGAGGUUGUAAGCUCCACUUCUGGAGGGAUAGGUAUUGGCCAAUCUGUCCACCAGACCAGAUCACGGAGUAAAAUAAAUGAUGAUAUCCAAAGUAAUUCAUCUGGUCGUGCUGCCAGCCCUAUGAGUGAUGUUUCUGACGUGGUCAAGUCCGAUACUGGCAAUGGACGACGUUCGGGGAAAAGAAAGAGAGUAGACAGUGGCCAAAGGUCUGCAGACACCGAGAAAGUUAGUUCUAAACGAUACCACACAUCUGACCUUUACAAGCCUCAUCGUAGUUUCCGUAGCUCCAGACGUCACCCAUCUUCACCGGGAUCAACACAGGAAGGCGAGAGUCAGUCAAGAUCUGAAAAACCGAAAAUUAAAUCGGCAUUGGACACAAGUCCGAUAAGUUCAAGGUCAACAUCCCCAACAUCUCUAAUUGGUCAGACUAGCCCAAUUUCCUCUUCAUCAGCCUCAUUCUCUUCAUCAAGGUCAUGCUCAAAGUCUAAGUCAAAAUCAAGGUCAAGAUCGAGGUCAAGGUCACGUUCAUCCUCUUCAUCAGGGAGUCAUCAUUCUGGAAGUAGUCGUUCCUCAGGCAAGAAAUCAAUUUCAGGUUCCUCGUCAUCAUCUGUGGACGAGUUUGGUCGCAGAAAACGCAAGAAUCUCAAAAUGCCAAUUGACAUGGUAGACUUUGGUGAAGCUGCUAGGUUGGCUAAAAGUAGUCUGAUCAACGUUGACUUUGGUGAAGCAGAGCGCUGGGUUCAACAGCAGGGAAAGAGACCUGGUCGUGCUCGUGGCAGUAAUCCAGGAAGAUCCGGCCAAGCUGUGCGAGGAGGGGGUGGUCUACAGGGAAGGGGACAAUGGCACAGUUCUGGAGCAUGGAGUUAUUCAAUGGAUACACAAUCUGGGCCGCUGGGGACAUCUCCACCACAGAGUCCACAGAAACACUUUUAUGGAUUUGAGCGGCAAAUGUCAAUGGAAAGAUCAACCUCUCCCCACUCCCCUUUUGCUAAAGAGGAUACCCCACCCAUUAAUUGGCAGAGUAGUUCCCCCCCACACCGCCGGGUAGUACGUCCAGAGUCCCCUCCUUAUGCCUAUCCCUAUCGGGGACGAGACACACCAACACUUCCAGGUUAUUCAAGGCAAAGAUCAGAGUCUCCUGUAUAUAGGUCCGAGUCACCUGGUUAUAGAUCAGGGUCACCAGCAUAUAGGCGACCAAGUAUGGAGUCACCUCAUUACAGAUCUCCCUCACCUCCUCCAAAGAGACCACAUACUAGGAGCAAAAGGUCACCAUCGCCCUUAGCACGACCUUUGCCCCGAAGACAGUUUUCCCCAGACGACUGUAUAGAAACAAUAUCCAGUUCAUCUGGUUCAUUUGAUGAUCCUCCAUCUCCCACACAAAGGUCAAAAGCAUCAAUAUCUCCACCUCACCAUCCCAUAAGUAGAGGUCGUAGGCCCCCCUCCCCCUCUCCAGUAAGAGGGCCAAGGUCGCCAUCUCCUCCUCCUCCACCUCUAGGUACAAGGGGACCUCCCUCACCUUCAUCUCCACCACCUGGUAUAAGAGGCACAAGACCUCCUUCUCCACCCUCUCCGCCUUUAAGACAGGGUGUAAGAGGGCCCAGGUCUCCCUCCCCUCCUCACAGUGGCCUUAGGGGUCAAAGACCCCCAUCCCCUCCGUCUAGACCUCUAACAAGAGGGCAGGUCUCCCCAUCUGAUUCCCCUCCUUUACUCAAACGUCAGCAUCCUCCAUCCCCACCUUCCAGACCUUUGACCAGAGGGCAACGUGUUGUCUCACCACCUUAUAUGGAGGAGGUGGUGCCAUCUACCAGGGCACUAAGGAGCCAGAGACCUCCUUCACCCCCUAUGAUGUCACAACGAUUACGGAACAAGCACACUGCACCAGACCGCUUCUCACCACCACCAAUCCAGAGGGAGACAAGAAGACAAAGACCCCCUUCACCUCCCCCUCCCACACGGUUCAACACUGCCAAAAAGGUCAAACGGUGACAUUUUAAUAAAAGUGCUUAACAUCUUACUGUUUUCUGGUGGAACUCCAGGGACAUGAACAGUUGUCAUAUGCUUCAGAGACAUUGUCAGAUUAUAUAUCCUGCCAGAAAGACAAGAAUACAAUUUUAGAGAUGUGACAACAUGGUGUGCACAGCUUCAGAGAUAUGGCAACAUUGUGUUCAUAGAUUCAGAGAUAUGACAUCAUUGUUUGCACAGCUGCAGAGAUAUGGCAAUGUUGUGUUUACAGCUUCAUCGAUAUGACAACAUUGUGUUCAUAGAUUUAGAGAUUAUGACAUUAUUGUUUACACAGCUGCAGAGAAAUGACAUUGUUGUUUACACAGCUGCAGAGAAAUGACAUCAUUGUUUACACAGCUGCAGAGAUAUGACAUUUUGUACACAGCUGCGGAUAUGACAACAUUGUGUUCAUAGAUUCGGAGAUAUGGUAACAUUGUGUUCACAGCUUCAGAGAUAUGACAACAAUGCCUACACAGCUUCAGACUUGAAAAUCAUGGGUUGGUCUCAGAGGUCAGAUAUUGGUCUAGCUAGGGUUGGAAAGUCAUGUGUGGGUCUUAUAAAAGAACACUGAAAUAACACUGUAAUUCUGCAUGAUAACAAUAUAAAUGGGUGGGCUUAUCAUAAACAGACGCAUUCUUUUUGUCAGAUAUAUAUAGUAAUAUCUAACCUCAAAAGAUAAAAUUUGAAUUUCUCUGCUCUCAUCACAAGAAACAGAAAUAUUCUAAUCCUCUAGCAAUGUUUUUUUUUCUCACCUGAAGCAGUACCUGAAACACAUGGUAUAGUAUUGUUCUAUACAAAAAUCAUUAUCCCCACUUCACUUGCCAAGAACUGUUUGAUCUGCACAUAAACAUCUGAGCUAGUGCCUACUCAGCACAAAUUUAAAAGAUUAUCCUAAACUUUGACACUUACUUAUUGAUGGUUAUUGUAGUGCAAUAAGCCCCGGGUCCAACACAUGAACUGAAAAUUGAAGUCAGUGGAUGGGCUGAAGAAAGGACUGGAAUAGGCUUAUAAUAUCAGGAUUAUAAUACCAGGCUUCACCUUAUUGACAGAUAAAUAUAGGUUUUUUGAGGUUUUUUUUUACAAAAAGCAUAUUCUUAAAAUGAAAAGUAUGCUUCCUAGUCCAAUGAGUCUUCAGGAAAUCUUUAUUGCUCUGGUGCAUAAGUUACUACCAUGAAAACUGGACAUUUUUUGUGCAGCUUUCCUAUAAGGGGAGGUAACCCAUCAGAUCUUGUUACAGAACUUGGGUCAAUUACUAAACCUUGAUCUUAUUAUAGAAUAUGAUCUCAUUAUCACAUUAACUCAUCAACAUGAGCAUCAUGAUCAGGAUGAAUAUUUACAAAAUUUGUCAUGAAAUAUAGAAAUUUAUAAAUCAUGAAUAAAAAUGAGAAAAAAAAUCUUAAAAAAUGGAAAUAAAUUAACAUGAAGAUGUGUUAAAUUAAA